GGGUCAGGUGUGACGUCAUCUCCACCGGUAGGGCCGCCUCUCUGCGGCGGACGUCAUUAAAGGGGGACGUACGUGCGUGCUGCGUCGUUUGAACGCGAUGACGUCACAGGUCCGCGCAGGAGUGCUGUAGAGAUCUACAUGUUUCUACGAUGACGGCAGCGACGCGUGCAGAAGUCCUUGGCCUCUAUCGUAAAAUUUUCCGACUAGCGAGAAAAUGGAAGUCUUCAUCAGGACUUGAGGAGGAGACGGUGAAGGAAAGGCAGUACGUAGUGGAGGAGGCCAGAAAAUUGUUUCACAAAAAUAAAAAUGUAACACAUAUGGAAACGAUCCAUCAGUGUAUAGAAGAAUGCCAGGCGCGCAUUGAAAUUGGAUUACAUUAUGGAAUCCCCUACCCCAGACCUACUCACCUGCCUCCUAUGGGACUGGCCGUACCACACAGUAAAAUCCUGCGGACACAGGAAAAGCUGAGGAAACAAGCCAAACCCCUGUACUUGAAAUCAUACGACGAAAUCUGAACGACUAACGUCUCAGAAGGCCCAGAAUCUGGAUUAUAUUCACCUCGGUCUUAUUUUCUGUGUUUGAUAUUAAUGAAAUACCAACAUAAAUACGGAGGACGAUAAGGCUAUAUU